UCAGUGCGCUCCCGGCAGUUGUCGCGGUCGGUUGUUCAUGUAGAGGAGUGAUUAUUUGCUUAUCUUCUUAUCAGAAGUCGAUGUUUCGCUACGUGAACACUAAUCACGCUAAGCCCAUCAACUAACAAACAGAAAUUAGUGCAUUUCUCCUAGUAAGUGACAAUGUUGCAGAGACAUUGAUGUGGAAAAAAAUCGCUCAGUAGGAUAUACUGUUGGACCCAGUGUUUUUGAAAAGUGACCGCUGGAUUAUAUUAUUUGUGUGUGCUCUAUUGUGUCAAAUCUCUUCUCAGCUCCUUUCAACAUGGCAAACAUCUUCUCCAUAUCUUUCAAUUUGGCGUCCUGUCUUCUAGUGAUUUCAUCAAUCUUCAAUCAAGGAGCUGACUGCUUGCAAAGAUUCGAUAAGCAGCCCGUAUACUCAGAAGUCAAUCCAGGAGAGGAUAUCAAAUUAGACUGCAAAAUUUUCAACAAAAAAGGCAGCUGCUCCUGGCAGAAAGAUAAUAAGCCGGUGGGCAUUUACCUGAAGAAGUACGAGUGGGCGGGCUCAGAGUCGGACGGCGACUGUUCGCUGUGGGUGCGCGCCGCGACGCUCGAAUUCGACGAUGGAGAAUGGGAGUGUCAGGUCACCGCGUCCGAUUUCACCACUCAGGACGCCCUAACUUCGACGCCUAUUCGCCUUGUUGUCCGGGUGGCGCCGCAACGUCCUCGUAUCGAGUUCCGCAGCGCGCAGCUAUUACCGGGGCACAAUGUUACGGCACGCGCCGGCGAGCGUGCGGCCGUCAAGUGCGUGAGCCGCUACGGCAACCCACCGGCGCGCAUCAAGUGGUUCGUCGGCGACGAGGACGUGACGUCCGCAUCACGCCAGAGUGACGCCCCCGAAACGGACAACCCAAAGACGGCGGCCGCCGCCUCCCUGCUCGAGAUACUGCUAGACAAGGACCGCCACGGACAGACGCUGAGAUGCGUCGCGCUGCACGAGUCCUAUCCCACAAAGUCGCUCGGCGUUGAGGCGCGGCUUGAUGUCACCUAUCCUCCAGAAGUGAGACUGAUCGGGGCGCCGGUGGGCGACCUAGAGGAGGGACAGCCGGUGGUACUGCGCUGUGUGACCGACGCCAACCCUCCGGCGUCGGUGGUGUGGCGUCGCGCCGGGCGCACCGACAUAGCCAGCCUCGAGGAGAGCCUCCAGUUCCGGCCUGUGACGAGGCGCGACUCGGCCACUUACACUUGUCAGGCCAAGAACACGCUCGGCGCCAGCGAACCCAUCACUGUCUACCUCGAUGUCAAGUACCCUCCGCAGAUCAAGAGCGUAGGCAAAGACCGGCUGACGACGGCGACGCUAUUCUCUGAGGUGGCGUUCGAGUGCGACGCCGACGCCAACCCGACGCCGACCUUCCAGUGGCUGCAGCGAGUCGGCUCCGACGCCGUCCUGGUUCGCAGUCGCGAGUCGCGGCUCGUGAUCGCCAACGCCACCUACGAGCAUCAGGGCGAAUACGUGUGUCGCGUCACCAACGUCAUUGCCGGACAGGAGCGGCCUGUCCAGAGUGAGGCCAUCACCAUACAAGUUGUCGGAGCGCCGCAAGUUGUGAGGGAGGAAAUGGAAGUUGUGGCGGCGCGUGGUUCGGAUGCCACCCUUAGAAUGGUCGUGUGUGCCGACCCUAGGCCAAACACCGCGUCAUGGGAGUGGGGCAGUUUGCAGCUGAAAGCCGGCGAGGGUAUUGGCAAAUACCAGGCUGAAGAACUUAAACAGGAGGGCCGCGAAGACUGCUACGAGGCGCGUCUGUACGUGCGGGAGGUGGAGCCGUCCGACUCACGCAGCUACUUCCUGCUGGUGAAGAACGAGCGAGGCAUCGACAAGCACUGGGUGCGCCUCGUGGUUCGGGGUUCGUAUACCGAACCGAUUUCAAUGAUGACGUUGGUGAGCGCCGCUUCGGGUUGCCUUCUAGUCUUCAUCUUGUGUGUGCUGUGUGCAGUCUAUUGCGUCCGCACGGAAAAAUGUUGUUUCUCGAGACGAGGUGAUUUCAAGCCUACUGACUUAGAAAGUGAGAAAAGCGACAUCGACAGCAUGACCGGUCGCAAGACGCCGCGCAUCGAGGCAUCAGUUCUGCACGGUCAGCACAACGGACCAGGCGAGGCGAUGUACUGUUCGACGCCCACUAGACGCCUAGCGCCGCCACACCCGCACCCUCACCUCAUCACGGGAGGCGGAAGCGGAAGUCCCGAAGCCAUGAAGAACCAUCACCAACAGCAGCUGCUGCACCAUCAACAGCUGCAGCAGCAGCUGCACAGCCAGUACGAGCUGCAGAACCACUUCCCGAGGAGGGCAUCGGGUGGUGCCGGGGGAGGACGCAGUUCGUCAAAGAAACGUCACCGCGAAAGAGACAGGGAGCGAGAGAGAGCACCCAAGGACACCAACGUGUUCGCUGAGUUGCAGGUUCCCAGUGUCAGUAACAACGGAUCAACCAUGUCGAUGUCAGUUAGUGGAUCGCUGCCACAUCGUAUGAACUACUACAACAAAUCAUUCACAACGCCACUGGGCCUGGGACCAAACCCUGGUACCUAUUUCACUCCCUACCCGUCGCAGCAACUCACUUUUCGACCUCCUCCCGUGCACAACCAGGAAGAAACAACCAGACGCAGCAAUUCGUCGAUGCAACUGCGUGCCUCGCAUCACUACCAGCCCCACAGCUUUGACAAGGCCGAGAUAUGAUCGAGCGUCAGCAUUGUGUCCGUAUACACGCGCUACGAUGUAAUCAAGCUGAGCUCUAUGUCGUUGACCACCUACGAAGAAAGCUAAACAGGACAAGGGGUCCACUUUUACAGAUGUGCCUUCCGUAGAAUAGAAGGGUUGAAGGGAUUGUUUCUAAUAUAAGGAAAAAGAAGUCCUAUUUUAUCCUUCGAGGAAAUCUGAUUUUUCAUUAGGAUUCAAUCAAGUUGAGAACUUCAGUAGAUUCUCGAGCUAUACAAAUAUAAUUUGCAAUAAGUAAAUUAUUGAGUUUAUGAGGAAAAUUCAGUUAUGCAUUGAGAAAAGUAACUUUUUAAAUAUAAACUUGACCAUUGAGUUGAGUUGAGUCAAGUACAUUGACUUAACUGUACCUACAAGUAAUCAGGAUAGAAUAAUUAUGCUAUUUUGUGUUUUCACAGUUACAUGAAGAGUGAUUUUGUGCUUUUUAGACUGGAAUCAAUCUAAUUUUAUUUUUUUAACUAUUGUUUGAUAAACUUUCAAAUUCAUUGGAACUUGUUAAAAUGUGGGCUAUAAGCCCAAUAAUUUGCUGAUUUACUGUUGAAAAUGUUUCUUGUUAUGUGAUUCUUCUUAAUUCUAUUUUAUAAAAAUAUGAACAUUUUUCUCAAUAAUAUUACAUUGUUAUCUCUCAUCUGAUGAAGAAUCAGUGAUGGAAUAGAGAGAUGGAGGGCCUUCUUAUUAGAGGAAUUAUAUAAUUUUCAAGAGCUUAUGUAUAAUUUUAAGUGUUAUAAAUGUAGAGAGAAAACUGUUGUUGUAUUUCGCUGUUCUGUAGUUAUAUUAUUUGUUGUGAAUUUGUGAUUUAUGGAGUUUAAAAAAGUAUAAGUAUAUUUUAGACAUGCCUACCACUGGAAAUUGGUGCAAUGAAAUAUAUUGGUUACUUGGAUCUUUGAUUCAGGCACAAAGGCUUCUUCAUUCAUAGGAUACCAUCAUCUAAUCUUUGGGAUAGCUAUUAAUAAUAUGGAUAAUUUUUUGGAGGGAGAUGAUAACUAGUUCUUUCCUUGAAUUUACUAUUUGCAAAGAGAAUUGCAAAAUAUUUUCUUCCCUUACUUUUAAGUUCCUAUAGUUAUACUUAAAAGCUAAAAAACUCAAGAUUUUGAACUCUUUCUCUUUGUAUUGUAGAUAGAUUUGUAGUGUUCAAAAACCAGACAACUGAUUUUAUUGUCCCAUUAAGGCCCGCCCAUUCAAUCUACAGCACCUUCCAUAGUCGAAAGUAUUCUCCCCAAGACAUAUUCUGGAAAAAAUUAAUUAGAAUAGAAUUAUUUUCAAUAUGCUUCAAAGAAGUUGGUUAUUGAUUGAUUGGAAUGAUCAAAGAUGAAUACUGAACAUUGCUAGACAAUAAUAAAUUAUUCUAGAUUAGGUUUUUUUAUAAUAGUGAUCGUUUACUUAAGAGAAUCCAUUAUUGUUAUUCUAUGUUACUAAAUGAUGAUGUACUUUCAUUUAUAAUGCCUAUUUGAUCGUCCAAAAUUUGGAGAUAAACAAGUCAAGGCCUAGCUCAUCGCAUAUAGAUACGGAAAUCUUCCAAAAUCUCCAAAUUCAAGAUAAAAAUGAUAUUCGGAUAAGAAAAAUUCAUUGAUAGUGUUGGUAAUGAAUGAAUAUUUUAUAAAAAUGUAUAUAUUUAUAUUGUAAAUAUGAACGAAUAUUUGCUAUAAUAUCGAGUAUAUGUGAAUUACAUAAUUUCUUAGUUGUAUAUAUUCAAGUUUGAUUUGAAGUAGACGUUAUUGAAAUUCCACUGUAAAAAAUGUGUAUUGAAGAAAUAUGAAUCUUCUUGUAUAACAUUUUCAAAAGUGUUGAAAUUUGAAAACUUGUAGUGUUAGCUGAACUAUAACCCAAUAUUGAGAUAGACAUAUUGUUGGUGUGUUAAUCGUUGAAGAUAAAAUUAGUGUAUUCUAUUAAAAAGUGAUGAUUCAAAUAUUUAAUCUGUCAUCAGUUUCUGACUACAGUGAUGUUUGAAGACAAUAUUGAUUCAAUGUUGUUAGUUGAUAUUUGAAAUUUUAUGAAAUGUUCUAUUUUUAAAUAUUUUUCAACUGUUUAAUUUGCUUGCUCAAAUUGUUGAUCAUUUUAAUAGUGUGUUGACUUUAUUGUGAAAUUUAUUCGCUGAAUGUGAUAGUUGAUUUUUCCACUUAUUCUCAUCAAAAUAGGCUAUAUAAAUGCAAAGCUUAUUCCAUCAGUACCGUUAACCAACUUACACUUACGUUCAUUGAAAACAAAAAUCUUCUCAACCAACAACCAGCAUGAAAGUUUAUUAAAAUUUACUAAUUCUUCAUUUCUCGAAAAUUUAGCUGAACAUAGUAUUAUUAAAUUUGAUUGUUUGAUUUUGAAAGUUUUGUAACAGCAAAUGCGAGUGAGUUUGUUUAGUUGAUUCAAUUUUAAAGAUUUCCCAUGAGAAGUAAUUAUUAUUAUGCAUCACUUUAUUCUCAGCUUCAUGAAUUUGAACUGUAUUGUGUAGUGUUUAUCGAUGAUAUUAACUUAGAUAUGACGUGAAUGUGAUCGAUUAAAUUAAAAUUUGUAAGAUUUUAACUUGUAAAUAAGAAUAGUAUUAUCAUUGUGAGGACUGUACAUAGAAAAUCAAUGUGUAUAUUAUUAUUGAAAUGUUUGUAAAAGCAAACCAUGGUAAUUUUUAAGAAAUAAAAUUUAUUUGUGGAUUCAUUUGAAA